CUGCUUAUUACUCUGGGUCCCCAUGCGAGUACGCCUGGCUAUUGUCCUGGGAACCUGGAACAUGCUGACAGCUUACGGGCUACGAUCCAGUAGAGCCCGACACGGGCGAUUCACAAGAUCGGUUCCUGUGACACUACCAAACGGGAGGCGCCUGCACGCCAGAGGAUUGAUCGCGAUUAGUGAGACAUUAAUUUUCCGACCCAUUUUCAGAGGUUGAUGGAAAAUACCAAUGCUUGAGA